AUGUCUGAGUUUGUCCAUGGCCAUCUACUUUCUAAACGAGCAUUGGCACGCAAGUCGUCGCAUUUUGCUGCUAUUGACAAAUCUCCUCCCAAGGGAUUCAAGCCUGCUGAUAAGAAUCUCAUUCUCAGUUGGGGAACCCCUAACGAUGGAUUUUUUCCCAUCGAGUCGAUUGAUCUUCAGUUGGUUGAUUAUCCAUUUGAAAAGUCGUUAUCUAUGUCCAUGACGAACGCAUCGUUGGAAUCGUUGGCUCUUUCAAAGACAAACGGAACCGUUGCCAAUGACUCGCUGGGACCCAAAAAAAUUACGAUUAAUCGUCGUAGUGAAGACGAAAAAUUGAUCGAUAUUGCCCAUGGUCUUCAGUAUUCUGAACCCAAGGGCCACCCUCAGAUAUUGCAGUUUACCCGCGAGUUCAUAUCUAAGAUUCAUCCUCCAAAGUACUCUGAUUGGGACACUAUUGUCACUACGGGCGCUUCGGAUGGUCUCAACAAAGUUGCUGACGCAUUGCUUGAUCCUGGUGAUGUCAUUUUGAUUGAAGAGUUCACGUUUACACCUUUCUUGGCUCAUGUUGCCAAUACUGGUGGUAUUCCAGUGCCGGUCAGAAUGAAUUUGGACCCAACUCCGGACAAGAGCAAUGGCCUUGAUAUUGAUUACUUGACCGAUUUGCUUGAAAAUUGGGAAACCAAGAAGCCGGAUUUGAAGAAACCAAAGGCAUUGUACAGUAUUCCCACCGGGCAGAAUCCCACGGGUCUCACCCAAAGUUUGGAGUUCCGGAAAAAAGUGUAUGCUUUGGCCGAAAAGCACGAUUUUAUUAUCAUUGAAGAUGAUCCUUACGGCUAUUUGACUUUACCUCCGUACCUGAAGCCAGAAGGUGUCCUCAAACUUGAUCUGUUUUUGACAGUGGAAGAAUACCUUUCCAAUCACCUCGUUCCAUCGUAUCUCACCUUGGAUACUACUGGACGUGUUGUUCGUAUUGAAACUUUUUCCAAGCUUUUUGCUCCGGGAUUGAGAGUAGGUUUCGUUGUGGGCCACAAGAAAGUCACCGAGGUAAUUGGGCAAUAUGCUGCCGUUGUGACACGGGCGCCCUCUGGUCUUUCGCAAAUGGUGUUGAACAACGUUAUUGAGCAGAAAUACAAGGGCGUAUAUGGAUGGCUCCAGUGGAUAUUGAAGAUGCGUCUCACUUAUACUCACCGUAGAGAUGUGUUGGUCAAUGCCAUUGAGGAGCUGGAUGCUUACAAGAAAAACUAUGUGAGUAUCAUCGAUCCUCGUGCUGGUAUGUUCCUUUCUCUCGUGGUGAACUUUCCUCCAGGUACUCCAAUUAUCGAAAAGAUCAGACUCUUGAACUGGAAGCUUCUCGCUUUUGGAGUCCAUGCAGUGCCAGGAAUUAAUAUGGCCACCGACAGUGAAUUCAGCAAGGAAACUGCCAACUUUUUUAGACUUACAGUUGCAGCGGCUAAUACUGACGAAGAGUUGAUUGCAGCUGGAACCCAAUUGGCAAAGGCGGUUACGGAAUUUUUUGAAAACGGAUUAGAGUUUUGA